AAGUGUUAUCUAUCUGUACCCUAGCUAGUGUAUAACAUGUUGAAUACAUGCAGGUGAAAUAAUGCUGAUAACUGUAUACCACUGGUGUGUUUACACGUGGACUAUGAAAAGUAAUGAAUGCAGCUUCAUUUACAAUAACAAUCUUCUCCUGUCUCCUAGUCGAUGUAAUGUGUUCUAUCCAGUGUAAUACUAGUGGAUACUGCCAAGAUAAGAUUCGGUGUGAUGUUUAUCAAGAUUCAGAACAAAUUUUAAGAAAGUUACAAUUCUCCGAGGAAAACCCUGGUUCCCCACGAUGCAAUGCCAUAACUGAAUGCACAGAUAGCGACUGUUUUCGGUUCUGUUGGCGGAGCCCUGACGAUAUUUCAGCUUUCUUUAUGAGCGGUUUUCGGGUAUAUCUCACCGUUGGUGACCAUCCCAUGGAGUCCGUUUCUAUGUUGAUCACACUUCACAAAAACCGGUGGCAGAAAAUUAGUAUCACCGACAAAAAGGAGGCGGUAUUUUGUGUGACCUGUACGUACCGUGAUGUCCGGGGAUAUGUCAAUGGAUAUGUUUGGAGUCAACCAUCUCUUAACAAAACUCAGUAUGGAAAUAAAGCCUGCUCAACCGAGUAUUAUCCGUCAUAUUUAGAUACCCCAGACAACAAAAUGUUACUGGACAACAAUUUUCCUGAGCAUCCCAUCCCCCACUGGACAACAGUUAAUGCUGGGAAAUACGGUACACUGGUCAACAAAUCACUUUCUGUAACACGUCACGUGGUGUCACGAUUAAAGACUGGUCACAUAGCGGCCAUUGCUGUUUGCACACUGCUCUUUGGAUCCGCCACGUUUGGAGUAAUACUUUUCUUUGUAAAAAGAAAGAGAGAGCUACAAAGUAACCUUUAUAAUGAUGAUGCGGAUUUGGAUAUUGAACCGAGAAAACCCCAUAAUGACCUAGAAGAUUUCGUAAGUGCUGUUACCAUAGGAAGCGGAAACUUACCAGCCCCAGUUGUAGGAGGGGAUCUGACGUCAAACAACGAAGUAGAAGAGUUACAUGUUUUAAUGCCAAUUGCUCAUCGAACUAUGAAAAUGCAAUCACAUAGCGGAUGUAUGCAAUGCGAAGAGAGGGAUAAUUAUGAUGAUACCAGUGUCUAAUAUCUAUAUCUAUAUAUAUAUAUAAGACAUCCAAUGUUGGUCAGUUUUAAAAUUUGGCUAAAUUAUGGCGAUUGACAAAAAGGUUCACGGUUGUAAUUUGUUUAGUAUAGAUAUACAUGUAUAUUGCCAUGGAAACAUAUGCAGUUGGUUACUAUGAUAACUCAUUAUUAUCUAUUUAUAGCUAACUUUUUACCACUCAGUUAUAACUUAAGGUCCUUGGAGUGUCGUACAUGUGAUUCACAUAGUUCAGAAAAUGUUGCUAAUUUGACUGUUUCGUCUCCAAGGAGACAUUAAUUAGGAACUGUAAUAUCCACACAUAUAACUGUCGUACAACAACGGUAUGUGUGAUUUGCCCACCAUUUCACGUCACUUAUUCUUAUGAUGACGAGGUGGUGUAAGUCGGCUUUGAAUUGUCAACGCUGAAAUCAAAAUGACCGUCAGCCUUUUCACAUCGUCGCAAAACACGCCUAUUGUCUCUGUUCACACUACGUCGUCGAGAAAGGUGAUCUCUUUCAUUUGAGGGGUGAAUUAGACAGAAAUCGAUUUCUACUUGGUAAUUAUAAUGAAUAAUUAUUAUUCCGGAUAUUUCAAGUUUUCAAUUCGAAUACCUAUAUAGGUAUGUUCAGUCAUGCGAUUCAAUAGAACCGGAUUUAAUCGAGUAACGAUGUAAAAUCAGUUUAGGACGACACGUAGAGCUGUUAACACGUUUAAAUUUUAUACUAAUCCAACUUGUAUAUACAUAUUAUGCAAUUAUAGUACGUAGUAUUGUUACAACAUUAAAGUUGGUGCGUGUC